UCUACACAGUUAAGGGUAAUUUCGGAAAACUGAAAAAACAUUGCAAGUGUUAAUUGCAGAGCACAACGUUUGUCCCAGAAUUUUAUAAUUUCACAGUCACUCCAGUGCGUGUGUCUCUGAGAGAGAGAUGGCAUCGUUUUACGCCGCAAGGACUUUCCACAUUCCGGCAAUGAACGGCGGCGUUUUUUUCCGGCGAGCAUCGUGGGCCGCCGGAAUUGGCGGAGCCACGGUGGCCGGUGUCUCACUAUUGCGUUCGUGUUCGUCUAAGCGCUCUCUGCCAUUCGCGUGCAGGAGUAUCUCUAAUGAUUCCCGAAUAAAGGAAGCUGUUCAGACUGAAAAGGCCCCAGCGGCAUUGGGACCAUAUUCUCAAGCAAUCAAAGCCAACAACCUUCUGUUUGUGUCGGGUGUUCUUGGCCUUGUUCCCGAGACUGGAAAGUUCAUCUCUGAUGAUGUUGAAGAUCAGACAGAGCAGCUUCUCAAAAAUAUGGGGGAGAUACUAAAAUCAGGGGGUGCUGGCUACUCAUCAGUUGUUAAGACGACAAUAUUGUUAGCUGAUUUGAAGGACUUCAAGAAAGUUAAUGAGAUCUAUGCUAAAUACUUCCCUUCACCUGCUCCAGCUCGAUCAACCUAUCAAGUUGCUGCCUUGCCAAUGGAUGCCAAGAUUGAAGUUGAGUGCAUUGCAGCACUUUGAGCACCACUUCAUAUGAUUCUUCAACAAACUUAGGUAAAUAAUACAUGAGGGGGACAUAGUCAUGCAUGAUUUUUUACUUGGUUUGUACCAUGUUGGAUGAUGAUGCUCAUGUCCUUGUAAUCAGUCCAGAAAACCCACUGGAAAUGCCUCUGUAAUUCUCAUAUUCUUAGUUUUCUGUCAUGUUACUUUAUCAUGGGACCAUGUUUGGAUGUUUACUCUCCAAUAAAACCAUUUCUACUACAUGUUCA